AGAUUUAAACCAAAGCGCUGUGAAAUAAUAAUAUUAAAUCUUACUGAGUGAAGAAUGCGACGAACGGCGGGGAGAGUGUUGGGCGACGGAGCGGUGAUGUCUGUGUUGGCCGUCAUUUUGGCUUACUAUAGUUUUGUGCCCGAUCCUGUAAAGCGCGGUUUCUUUUGCCACGAUGAACACCUCAACUAUCCGUACGUUGAGUCGACUGUGCCGUCUAUGAAGCUUUACGUUGCGGCAACCGUGAUUCCUUUCGUCGUGGUAGCUAUUUUUGAAUGGCUUCAUGCUUCUGCUGCAAAGACGGUACGGAGGCAGUAUGUGCAGAGAAUCUAUAUUUACUUCGUGGUGUGGUUCACGUUUGGUGCCUUGAUCACAUCAGUAAUUACGCAAGCAUUGAAAAUCAGCGUUGGUCGUCUAAGGCCGCAUUUUUUCACGGUUUGUGCGCCGGAUUUUGUCAGUUUGGAGCCGUUGUGCGCGCGUGGAAUUUACGUGACUGAGUACAACUGCACGCGAGAGAUGAGUGAAAUGAAAUCCCGGGAGAUUCGGGUUUCAUUCCCGUCUGCGCACUCUUCGUACGGCUUCCAUGCCGCUGUGUUCUUGAUACUGUACCUGCAAAUCAGGAGCGUUCUGCUAAAACCUUUGCUGCAAAUUUCAUUCAUCGGUGCUGCUGCCAUGGUCGGAGUUUCCAGAGUCGGAGAUUAUAAGCAUUUUCCUUCUGACGUUCUUGCUGGAGCAUUUAUUGGCACAAUUUGUGCAUUUUUCUCAUGGAUUGCUGUGACGCCAGUGAGACUGUAUGAAGUUUAUUGUCCGCGGUUUUCUUGUGACGAAGAAGAAGGUCUUUGUAGACCAAUGGAGGGAAUUGAAUUUUCUCGUAGGACGCAAAAGUACAACACGUUUUUUUCGACCGGUGCGGACAGAUUUGUGAAAAGUUACUUCGCUUGCAGAAUGAAAGAGCCCUUUUUGCGUCGUGCGUUUGUGGACUGGUCGGUGUUGAUAGCCGGGAUAAUCGUGGUGUGCAUGUACAGUUAUGUUGGAUUCCCGGUGACGCAAAAUGGGUUUAUUUGCGGGGACAAAUCGCUGAUGUUCCCGUAUCUGGACUCAACCGUGCCUUCUUCGGUCAUGUAUUCCACGAGCGUUCUCGUUCCUGUUUUCGGACUCGUUGUGGUGGAGCUGUUCGUUAAACGAGAACUGAGCGAGUUCUACGAAAAGAUGGUUCGGUUUGGGUUUGGUGCUAUUUUGACACAAUUGAUGGUGGAUUUUGGGAAAUUCUACCUCGGAGCCCUGCGUCCGCAUUUCCUCACGGUUUGUCAGCCGCAAACUCCGGACAAUUCCUCAAGCCUUGAUUGUAUUCCUGGAUCAUACGUGGAUUCGGAUUCUUACGUUUGCAGAAAGGACUUGUUGCUAUAUUCGAAUGAGGCUAGACUUUCGUUUCCGAGUUCACACGCAGCAUUUACUUUCCAUGCAGCCGUCUUUUUGGUUUUGUAUCUGGAAAUGGAUUUACCCGCUGCCAAAGGCUACGUUGUUAGAGGACGAUGGCGAAGGUGGGCAUGGUGGAGAGCGGUUGAUGGUACUGUUCUAAUCAUACCAUUGCUGCAGGUGAUUUUACUGCUUGCAUCGACGUUCGUGUCAGCAUCCCGCAUUAUUGACUUCAAGCACGACGCGAUCGACGUCACUUUUAGCGCGGUGAUCGGCGCUUUAGUAGCGAUUGUGACCUAUUUUGGUGCUUGGACUCAAUCGCCUCUUCGUGUGAGCCAGGCUUUCUCAAAGUCAGAUAGUGGAAGGUACUGGAACUACGAUGAGUUGAUUCCGUAAUCGUGAGUGAUGUGGGUAAUCCGUCGAAGCAUUUCAGAGAAUGGAUAUUUUGUAAAUUGAAAAAGGGGGGUUUUUAUCCGGGAAGGACGGGCCUCGGGGUUGCAAUAAGUUGGACAAAGACGUGUUUUCACGCAGAAACUUGUGUUCGAUCGUGUACGUGUUGCGAAGUCGUCUUCCUUUAUUGAACUGCUUUUCAACUUGGUGUGAUUCUAACCGGCAUAUUGUGAUUAGUGACGUUGAUUUAUCGGCUCCCGUCUGAGCAGCCGUUGUUGCAGACCGAGUCCAAUAUUUUGCUAUAAUUUAUUGCUUUCGAAGAAAAAGAAGACUCGGUUAUUCACGUUUCUCUGUGAAAUUAAUGUUGGGUUUGGGAAGUAAAGCAUUUUUUUGGCGCUCGUUGUUGAA